GCGACACCCCCUUGUUCCCGUCCUCCUCCGUCCAUCUCCAUCCCCCGACCUGUCCCCAUCCCCCUCCGUGCACAUCCGCGUCCCUUCUCCUCUCCACACCGUCACCUGCCCUGAAUCCAUCCUAUUCUGUCCAUGUCUGCACCCCUCUCCCAUCCAGCCCCCAACCCCCUGCCUAGCCGAACACCCUUUCUGUCUCGUUGGCUGCAUCCCCUCCUCCUUCCUGCAUCCUCCUCCUCUUCCCUCUCUCCUUCCGUCCCUGCCUCAUCGGCGAGCCCUGCCCUUAUACCUCCAUUUACCUCUACAUCCCACUUUGUAUGACCCCAUCCUAUUUUUCCUUCCCUGCACAUCAGCCUCUGUCCUUGCCCUCCCUGGUCUGGUCCCCUCCUCAUACUCCCAUCACUCCUUGUGCCUGUCUCUCCAUCAGCUCCCUCACGAUUUCUGUCCUCCCCAGGUCCCGUCUGUGCUCCCCGGCCCAGCCCCUGCCCAGCUGCCUCUUGCUUUCCUCCUGCACCAUAGUCGCUCUCAGGGACCCCACCUUCCCCUUGGCUGUUAGCUGGCCUGCCACUCAGCACCUUCCCCAUUUGGCCUUCCUGGUACUCUUUGUAGCCACACGGUUUGGGUUUGUGCUGAGCCCCCCUCACCUGCCACUGGGCCCUCCUUCCCUGCGUGGGGAGGCCUAGGCCCUGAAGGCCCAGCGUGCUCGCUUGCUGUUUGGAAUCCACUAUAACCCUCUCUGCAUGUCUGCUCCUGUUCAUGGCUUGGGGGCGAAGGAUGCUGGGGUGAGUAGGCCUCUCUGUGUUCCUCCUCAGCCACCCUAGCUGUUCAGGGUUGUUUCCUAAACGCCUGGGGGCUGGGGGGUGCUGGCUAAGCACUGGAAAGCUAGGCUGGAGGAGAGGCACCGUCCAGGGAACUGGCCGAUAGCCCCUUCUGGCCUUGCUCUGAGCCCGGAAUGCAGAGGUCUGGUUGAGAAGCCCCCUGGAGGGCUGGGGUUCUGGAGUUUAGAAAAGGGCCUUCCCAGCCUCCAAGCCAGCACUUUGGCAUCAGGAGCUGUGGUGAGCGUGGCCCAGGGCUGGGCUGGCAGUGGGCAGAGUGCUGAAUCACCUGGACUCGGGGCCGGGCGGCAGCCCCUCCCCUGCCCUGAGCCAGGUCCUGCUCCUGGUUCCUUCCUGGCAUCUGGCAGUGGGGGCGGGCGUGUGUGUGUGUGUUGGGCAGAGAUGCCCCCUCCCUCAGUCUGGAGGAGUGGAUGACAGUGCCUCUUUUCUGCCUGUCUCCCGGGAUGUGGGCCUGCUGUGUCUUAUCUACCCUUGGAACUGUGGUGAGCCCUGCUGGGUCCCAGUCAAAGCUCCCGCAAGGGCAGGUUACGGGGCUCUGAGACCUGGUUGGGCAGGAGUUGAAUUGCUUGUAAGAGGUCAGACACCAGCAGGUUCAGAACCCACUGAACUUGAGACGUUGAUUGACGUAUGUGCCAUUUGGGAUACUGGAGUUCUCCCUCCCACCGCAGACUGGAAGGGAGCCUCCUCGGGGGUUGCAGGGGCGAGGCUGAAUGAGGCAGAGACGCUGAGCUCUAUCCAGGAGGCCCAGUUAGAACGGCUGGAGGUGGCCACACCCUGCGGGCCGGGGAGCAGGGAGCGGGGCCCCGUGCUGAGGAUGGCCAGGCAGCAGCUGCCACCCUGGGUCCAUGCAGCCAUCCUCCUCUGCCUCCUCAGCCUCGGCCGGGCCAUCGAGAUUCCUAUGGAUCCAAGCAUUCAGAACGAGCUGUCCCAGCCUCCGACCAUCACCAAGCAGUCGGUGAAGGACCACAUCGUGGAUCCCCGGGAUAACAUCCUGAUUGAGUGUGAGGCGAAGGGGAACCCCGCCCCCAGCUUCCACUGGACUCGCAACAGCAGGUUCUUCAACAUCGCCAAGGACCCCCGGGUGUCCAUGAAGAGGCGGUCUGGGACCCUGGUGAUCGACUUCCGCAGCGGCGGGCGGCCAGAGGAGUACGAGGGGGAAUACCAGUGCUUCGCCCGCAACAAGUUCGGCACCGCCCUGUCCAACAGGAUCCGCCUGCAGGUGUCCAAAUCUCCCCUGUGGCCCAAGGAAAACCUAGACCCUGUCGUGGUCCAAGAAGGCGCCCCCUUGACACUCCAGUGUAACCCCCCGCCUGGACUUCCGUCCCCAGUCAUCUUCUGGAUGAGCAGCACCAUGGACCCCAUCACCCAAGACAAGCGUGUCUCCCAGGGCCACAACGGAGACCUGUAUUUCUCCAACGUCAUGCUGCAGGACAUGCAGACUGACUACAGCUGCAAUGCCCGCUUCCACUUUACCCACACCAUCCAGCAGAAGAACGCGUUCACCCUCAAGGUCCUCACCAACCACCCCCAUAAUGACUCGUCCUUAAGAAACCACCCUGACAUGUACAGUGCCCGAGGAGUUGCGGAAAGGACACCCAGCUUCAUGUAUCCCCAGGGCACUGCGAGCAGCCAGAUGGUGCUGCGUGGCAUGGACCUCCUGCUGGAGUGCAUCGCCUCCGGGGUCCCGACACCAGACAUCGCGUGGUACAAGAAAGGUGGGGACCUCCCAUCUGACAAGGCCAAGUUUGAGAACUUUAACAAGGCUCUACGUAUCACCAAUGUCUCUGAGGAAGACUCUGGAGAGUAUUUCUGCCUGGCCUCCAACAAGAUGGGCAGCAUCCGGCACACGAUCUCGGUGAGAGUAAAGGCUGCUCCCUACUGGCUGGAUGAACCCAAGAACCUUAUCCUGGCUCCUGGCGAGGACGGGAGACUGGUGUGUCGAGCCAGUGGGAACCCCAAGCCCACCAUCCAGUGGAUGGUGAAUGGGGAACCUUUGCAAUCGGCACCACCCAACCCAAACCGAGAGGUGGCCGGGGACACCAUCAUCUUCCGGGACACGCAGAUCAGCAGCAGGGCCGUGUACCAGUGCAACACGUCCAACGAGCACGGCUACCUGCUGGCCAACGCCUUCGUCAGCGUGCUGGACGUGCCACCUCGGAUGCUGUCACCGCGGAACCAGCUUAUUAGGGUGAUCCUGUACAACCGGACGCGGCUGGACUGCCCAUUCUUUGGGUCCCCCAUUCCCACGCUCCGUUGGUUUAAGAAUGGACAAGGAAGCAACCUGGAUGGAGGCAACUACCAUGUCUAUGAGAAUGGCAGUCUGGAAAUCAAGAUGAUCCACAAAGAGGACCAAGGCAUCUACACCUGCGUUGCCACUAACAUCCUGGGCAAGGCAGAAAACCAGGUCCGCCUGGAAGUCAAAGACCCCACCAGGAUCUUUCGGAUGCCUGAGGACCAGGUUGCCAAGAGGGGCACCACGGUGCAGCUGGAGUGCCGGGUGAAGCACGACCCCUCCCUGAAGCUCACAGUGUCCUGGCUGAAGGAUGACGAGCCGCUCUACAUCGGGAACAGGAUGAAGAAGGAAGAUGACUCCCUGACCAUCUUUGGUGUGGCGGAGCGGGACCAGGGCAGUUACACCUGCGUCGCCAGCACUGAGCUGGACCAAGACCUGGCCAAGGCCUACCUCACCGUGCUAGCUGAUCAGGCCACUCCAACUAACCGUCUGGCUGCCCUGCCCAAAGGACGGCCAGACAGACCCCGGGACCUGGAGCUCACUGACCUGGCUGAGAGGAGUGUGAGGCUCACCUGGAUCCCAGGGGAUGACAACAAUAGCCCCAUCACAGACUAUGUCGUCCAGUUUGAAGAGGACCAGUUCCAGCCAGGGGUCUGGCAUGACCAUUCCAAGUUCCCAGGCAGUGUCAACUCAGCUGUCCUCCAGCUGUCCCCAUAUGUCAACUACCAGUUCCGGGUCAUUGCCAUCAACGAGGUCGGCAGCAGCCACCCCAGCCUCCCAUCUGAGCGCUACCGAACCAGCGGAGCACCCCCUGAGUCUAAUCCCGCUGAUGUGAAGGGAGAGGGGACCAGAAAAAACAACAUGGAGAUCACGUGGACGCCCAUGAAUGCCACCUCCGCCUUUGGCCCCAACCUGCGCUACAUCGUGAAGUGGCGGCGGAGAGAGACUCGAGAGAGCUGGAACAACGUCACAGUGUGGGGCUCCCGCUACGUGGUGGGUCAGACCCCUGUCUAUGUGCCCUACGAGAUCCGAGUCCAGGCCGAAAAUGACUUUGGGAAGGGCCCUGAGCCAGACACGGUCAUCGGUUACUCCGGAGAAGAUUAUCCCAGGGCUGCGCCCACCGACGUUAAAAUCCGAGUGCUGAACAGCACGGCCAUCAGCCUUCAGUGGAACCGCGUCUACUCCGACACGGUCCAGGGCCUGCUCAGAGAGUACCGAGCCUACUACUGGAGAGAGAGCAGCUUGCUGAAGAGCUUGUGGGUGUCUCAGAAGAGACAGCAGGCCAGCUUCCCUGGUGACCGCCUCCGCGGCGUGGUGCCCCGCCUCUUCCCCUACAGCAACUACAAGCUGGAGAUGGUUGUGGUCAAUGGGAGAGGCGAUGGGCCUCGCAGUGAGACCAAGGAGUUCACAACCCCAGAAGGAGUACCCAGUGCCCCCAGGCGAUUCCGAGUCCGGCAGCCCAACCUGGAGACCAUCAACCUGGAAUGGGACCAUCCGGAACACCCCAAUGGGAUCCUGACUGGAUACACCCUCAGAUACGUGCCCUUUAAUGGAACCAAAGUAGGAAAGCAGAUAGUGGAAAACUUCUCUCCCAAUCAGACCAAGUUCACGGUGCAAAGAGCAGACCCCGUGUCGCGCUACCGCUUUACCCUCAGUGCCAGGACGCAGGUGGGCUCUGGGGAAGCUGUCACAGAGGAGUCGCCAGCACCCCCGAAUGAAGCUACUCCAACCGCAGCUCCUCCCACGUUGCCCCCGACUACAGUGGGUACUGUGAGCAGUACUGAUGCUACUGUCACUGCUGCCACCACUGAAGCCACAACAGUCCCCAUCAUCCCAACUGUCGCACCUGCCACCAUCGCUACCACCACCGUCGCCACAACUACUACAACCACUGCCGCCACCACCACCACCACCACGGAGGGUCCUCCCACCACCACCACCGGGACUAAGAUACACGAAUCCGCCCCGGACGAGCAGUCCAUAUGGAACGUCACAGUGCUCCCCAACAGUAAAUGGGCCAACAUCACCUGGAAGCACAAUUUCGGGCCCGGAACUGACUUUGUGGUUGAGUACAUCGACAGCAACCAUACGAAAAAAAGUGUCCCUGUUAAGGCCCAGGCGCAGCCUGUCCAGCUGACAGACCUCUAUCCCGGGAUGACAUACACGUUGCGAGUCUAUUCCCGGGACAACGAGGGCAUCAGCAGUACCGUCAUCACCUUUAUGACCAGUACAGCUUACACCAACAACCAGGCGGACAUCGCCACCCAGGGCUGGUUCAUCGGGCUCAUGUGCGCCAUCGCCCUCCUGGUGCUGAUUCUGCUCAUCGUCUGUUUCAUCAAGAGGAGUCGAGGCGGCAAGUACCCAGUGCGAGAGAAGAAGGACGUUCCCCUCGGCCCUGAAGACCCCAAAGAAGAGGACGGCUCCUUUGACUACAGUGAUGAGGACAACAAGCCCCUGCAGGGCAGCCAGACAUCCCUGGAUGGCACCAUCAAGCAGCAGGAGAGUGACGACAGCCUGGUGGACUACGGCGAGGGCGGCGAGGGGCAGUUCAAUGAGGACGGCUCCUUUAUCGGCCAGUACACAGUCAAAAAGGACAAGGAGGAGACAGAGGGCAAUGAAAGCUCAGAGGCCACGUCACCUGUCAACGCCAUCUAUUCUCUGGCCUAACGGAGCCCCCCCCAGGGCACAGCCACCACUUUGCAAGUGAGAGGAGGGGAGAGGGGGAGAUGAAGACACUGCAAAGCCACCACCAUCUCCUGGGACGGGGGUUCAACAUGGGGGUCUGCCAAGCUGUGAGGACCAGUGACCACCCAGCCAACCACAAGCCCCCUCCCAAUGACCCCCCACACCCCGGGUGCCACCUGUUGGGGGAGCUGGAGCCCUGGCCGUGCUCAGCUGAGGGAGCCGGGCCCCUUGCUCAGCCUCGCAGGCACCUGAGCAUCACCCCCACCGCCCGGCCCUGACCCUGGCACACACUCACCGGUCUCUGUUGCUUACGGGGCUUUUCAUUGUCUUUAUUUCUGCUCUGUGCAUUUUCCCGUCCAGACCCAACGUCUCCAUUUUCUUUUCCUUUUGAAGAAAUGUCCCUGGAAAAAGCAAGAAUAGGUGGAUUCUCCCCCAGGAAACUGCAAAGACAGGCAAAGAGGACUGAUCCGUAAGGAACGCAUAGAGAAGCUGUAGAAUGCCACCGCCACCAGGCCGGCGUGUUUCCGAAGGAUGCCUUUCUCGCCGGAUGCCUCCCCUCGCCCCCACCCCUCCGCCUCGGCCUUGGUAGUUGCUGAGCUGGGCUUGGCUCCUUUCUGGAAAAUGACAGUAUUUAGGCAGGGAGAGAGUGGGCAGCCGCCUUGCCUCGCUCUGGUUCGGCCAGGCGCUGGGCUCACCUCUCGCUCCUUGCUCUUACCCUGCCGCUUCCUCCAGAGCGUCCAGGACAAGAAGCGCAGAUCUGAAGGAGGAGCUGGAGGAGCAGGAGUGGCCGCUGUUGAAAAGGACCUCAACUCCAGUGACCGUGUACCUCAAGCAGAAGAAAAUCAGGCGUCUGGUCCCUGGGGAGCUGUGCUCACCUUCAGAGAGAAGAGAAGAGCAGGAUUUGGACUUCCUUCCUCCACAGUGAAACCCAGGAUGUAGGAGAGAGGGCCACACCCCCGGGCAGGGGCUGUGCUGCUGCCCUCAAGGCGCAGGGAACCCUGGGAGACACAAGCUUUGCCCGUGUGUUUGGGGGUGUAAAGCACUGCUCCCCGUUUCCUCUCUAGCAGAUAUCAUCUCCUCGGUCGAUUCUGUAUGACGUUGAAAUUUAUGUGGUGUGUGGAUGAGGCCCUGCUGCCCCUGGGACUGACCAGCGUGUCCUUUCCUUAGGGUAUUUGCAUAUCCAGAGACCCUGAGGGGGCAUGGUUGACAGUGCUGUGACACCUGGCCCAGAGGAGGCAGUGAUCUCCGUAUGCCUUAUGCAGCUCUCAUCUGUCCCUGCAGUUCCAGGUUCCCCACCCCUCCCUGCAAGCCUUGAAGCCUCCAGCCACGUGUCUCAAGGAGAACGGGGCAGCCUAUGCAAGCGCCACAGCAGAACCCGAAGCAGCCACUCAACACCCACCCUGCAUCCCGUUGCCCCAGAUUGGAGACCCUCGCAGACCUGCAGUUCUCAGAGAGCUGUCAUCCUCCCCACCUAAUCCAUUGUUGAAACCAAAGGUAUCCAGCCUCCGAGAGGGAUCUCCAGCCUCAGAGUGACACUGUAGCUAUUGCUGCAGCUGGAGUCGGUUUCAGGAGGGCAAAGGUGACUCCCAGUAAUGGACCACCUGCCACGGGCACAGCCUCUGAGCUGAGGCUCCAGCUGCUUGCCAGGGGGCCUAGGCAGGAACAGGGCUAUGUCCUUCAGAGGCUUUCUAAAGCAUCGUUUGCCACAUGUUUAAGCCACAAAGGUAUUAGCAGUGCUUGCAUCACUCGAUAAUGAGCCAGAUGAAGGGCAAGCCCGUAGACACAUACUCUGUGUGCAGGUAGGAAAUCAGAGCCCAGAGCUCAGCCAAUCAUGUUGUUCUAAGCUGAGAGCGAGUAACUGUCCUUUGGCCCAAGCCACGUCCAGGUUUGCUGCCUGGAAUCCCGAGAGGCAACUCUUGCAUGAUGAAAGGGGGCAGGCUAACAAGCAGGGGGCUGGGGAGUGAGCUCAGGGUCCCCUUCCCUGGCUUUCCUCGACACCUGCCCGGAUACAGCUGGGCGUUCCUGCGGCCCAGGCCCAGGUCCCUAGAGGGAAUGUCAGGGAAGUGUGCCUGUGAGCUGAGUUAACGGCCCAGCCUUUCUAGAAAACGCUCUGGAUCUGAGCAUAGAAGUCAGUUUCUCAGGCCCUCGUUCCAUACUGCACCAUACGUGCUAGGAAACUCAGUGCACCGAAAACAGGCUCUGAGGGCAGGAGGGUGUCAUCGUGCCCCUCCCCUGCCUCUGGAAGGGCUGCUCCACCGCCGGUGACUGGGGAAGGGCCUCUGCUAGCCUAGAGUCUUGGGGAGAGGGGAUUCCUCAGCCUGGAUCUGCUCCUCGAUUGCGUCCUGCCAGGCUCUGUGCCAACCUCCUUCAUGUAGGAAGAUAGUGCCGUCAGCCCUGUCAUGAGGCUGUCGUGCUGAGAGCUGACCCCACUACCACAUGCUCACCAUCCUCCUGGCAGGCCGGAGAAACCUGGGCUUGAAGAACAAAGUUCUCCCCAAGCAAAGAUGGCGGAUGCUUAGAGAGGUUGCAGGGUUAGGGAGGCAGCCCUUCUAGCAAGAGGGAAGUCUAUUUUCCAGGGGGCCCACGCCGGAGUCCACCCAGCUCAGAAGGAAAGGGGUAUCGUCCAGCACCCCCUGCCAGCUGGGGCUCUCACGCAACCACCCCGAAACAUACUAACAACGAUGCCAGAAGAGGGCGACACCAUUGGUGCCUCAGCCUGUCUGGCUGGGGGGGAGAAGUGUCGGUCAUCUCACGGUGACUCUGGAAAUUCCGUUGCCUGUGCUGCGCUCCCACCCACUGUGCUCAGCCGUUAGAGCUGUGGCAUCCAUGCUCUCAUUUGUCCAUCCAUUGCUUAGACGCUCGUGGACAUCCAGUCUGAGCCAGGCUCUGAGCCGAGGGUACCAAGGUGAAUAAUGAGGUAUGGCCCCUGCCCUCACAGCGCUGACAGUCCUGGAACUGUCUUGGGACACAGUGGGCACUGGCUGGGAGCACCUGAGUACCUAAGCCGACAAGGCUCCAGGCUCGAAGGGAGACGCUUUGGAGGGAGGACUCGGUCCGCAAGGCUGGCAGUCCAAACCUGCCGCAACAGUCCUGCUUCCUGAGCCUCUUUGCUCUGCCCCUUGGGGCAAGUUGCUUAACUUAUGUGAGUUUCAGUGCCUCGUCUCCACUCCUCUCCCCACAGAGGGGCCUGGGCCCACCUGCAGGAGCAGGGAGGCCCGUGUCUGGGAGUACACCACUGCAGGGCCAGGGGACAGCCUGAGUUAUGGUGCAUAGGACAUGUCUCCUUACCUUGCUUUUGAGGAGAUGAUUGAGCUUAAGCUAACGGGAAAACCAGAGCUCCCUUGUCUGUGGCCUUUGUCCCAAGAGGCUGGAGGCAUCUGGCCCGCCCCCUUCCUGGCAAGUCCCAAGCUCUGGAGAAGAGGCCGCCUUUCCGAGAGCAGCCAGUGCCCAUAUUGCUGCCCCUGCAGGGGGCAUCUGCGAGCUGGGCCCACAUAGUGCUUUCCUAGUUAAGUUGCCUUAGAAAAGGGGUGGAAAUAGAUCCGAGGAUAUCUGUGGGUUUUCCAGCUAAGGGACUGCCUCCCUGCCCACACGCAGCACCCACGCCUGGGCACUCCCACACACGCACACACAGCAGACCAAGGCCCUCCUGCAGGGCGGCACGGUCAGGGGGAGCAAUACAGCUUAUGACAUUGUCUUGGAGAGGGUGAGUCCACACCCAGGCCCACUUGAGGUGGGAUACAGAGGGCUGUGUGCGUGCAGUGUCCAUCUCGAGGCAGGGGAAAGAGGCGGUCCAGGCUGGGCCCCAUCUGGGUAAUUCCUGUAGGCAGAACCGAGAGAGCGUCUGAUCCAAAGGAGGGGACCAUUCCCCAGGAACAUCACGGGCAGCAGCUCUUUGAGGCUCCUGGAGCCGUGUGCGGGUCGGAGCCAAGUCCCAGAGCGUGGCAGGCAGCCUGUGUGCUGGCAGUGGGGGUUAACCGCUUUUGCCUCGGCCUUUAGAAGGUGGCGCAUUAACCCAGGAGAGGCGAGGCUCCUGGGCGUGAGGCGGGGCUGGUGUUGGGGUCGCCUCUCCCGAGGAGGAUGGCGGAUUCCUGGGAUGCUGGCCAGGAGGCUCCCCCUCGGGACGCCUUGUCACCUCUCGGGCAGGUCCUGCCAAACACACGGUUAGGUCCCAGAGGGACGUCACCUGCCGGUCCUGGCUGAGCUUUGCAUGGUAGCUUAGGAGAAGCAGGUAGGAGUCCCUGAUUUAAAAAAAAUCAGAGGACUUAACUGAAUGAAACCAAGAGCUUGAAAUGUCAGGAGGAGGCGCAGUGGCCUGGCAGCUCCCUCCCUUCCCCUGAACCAGGCAGGGCCACCCCCUGGGAACCAACCUUGUGGCUGUCCCCAGCCUGCCAGCCCCAGCCAGGGCAGCACCCUUUCCUCCCCUCCCCUACGGAGAACGGGCCUUCCUGAGACAGGUCCAGAGCAGGAUAAGAGCAGAAGGAGGACGGCCAUCCAGGGAAGCCACGAGGCCCCACCAGUGUCUCAAGCCAAAACCAGCGCUCCUCUAUCAGUAUGUUAGCGUUAGGUGGAUGUUCCGUAGUGAUAGGAUGGAAAGGAAAUAGAUACAAAGGCGUCCGGUUUAGGACAGUUCAGAUUUCAGCAUGCGAAGGAAUCAAUGACUUGUAAAGACAAGGAUACUAACCCAAGGAGUGAAGGGACUUGCCCCCUAGUCACAUAGCUGGUGAGUCCAGGUGAGGGUAGGGCUUGAACCCGGGCCUUCUGACUCCUUGUCCAGUGUUCCCCCAUCUCACCGCAGCUGCCUCCCUGGAAGCACAGGAGGUGUUUCCUGCCGGUGCACCCUCUCAUGCCUCUGUAGCACUUCUCCCACAGCCCCCGGGUUCCUCCCCAAAGGAAAGACACAAAGGAUUUUUCUGAGUCCAACACCAGUCAGUCUCUGCCAGCCUGUGGUGGACCUGGCUGCGCGGUCAAGGGCAGACCCAGGCCAGGAGAAGAGUGACGAGCUGAUGGGUGUCUGUCACUGUGAAGCCUGGACUAUUCCCUGGAGUGGUCUCCGCUUCCUAACAUGUUGGGCCCGCCACACGCUGUCCCUCGGAGAUGAGGGCGUGGAGAGCCCUCAGUCCACCCCGCCCUUGGCCGCAGGGUGCUGAGGGCAGCAGGGCCCGUGGGAGCUCUGCCACUCUGGGAAUUGCUGGGCUGGAGUUCAGCACAUGUAAAGACUUCAGUGAAGCAAUAAACACAAAAAUCUGGGAGAAGAAAACCAGAAAUUUGUGCACGACUCUGUUUCUUUUUCAAAAACGAUGCAGAUCAGAUGACCCUGCCCUGCUCUUUUUUCUGACUCCCAGAUUCGAUGUCCUCAGUCAGUGUUGUCCCUCUGCCCGGCUCCUGGCUCUCUGCCAACUUCUUCACACUCCUGCGCUGAGCACCAGUUGCCUGUGACGUGGCUGCCCUCUGUCCUGGUCCCACCCCCAACCCUUGCUGAGCCCCGGGGACUUCUUGCCCUGCCCCCCACACACACAUUUUCCAAUUUGUUCCUUUCAGUGGGGCAAUUUUUCCCCGGUGUCUCCAUCCCUUCCCGCACACCCACACUGAGUUGGUCUGACCUUUCUCCAUUGGUUCCGUAUUUAACUCGCACGGCAGAGUUGUUUUAACCCCUCUCACACUGUGUUCUUUCCUCCCUGCGAGCUGUUUUGCAUUAACCAGUGUUGUCAGCGACAGUUGUGUUUCUGAGGGUGUUGCGCACAACCUUCAGCACGGAUGACUGGGCCGUGGAGGGCCAUCUAAUACAUGGACUUAUAAACUGACUGCAUGAGCAAUGAAAAGGCCAAAUUAUUCAGAGUUUUUUUUUGAAUCACUGUAAAAAAAAAAACUGAUUUCUUUUGUAUAGAGAACACUAAACGUAUAAUAAAAGUUGUUCAAAAUGGA